UUUCGCACAACCCUCCCCCCAAUUUUCCUUGCCUCUUUUCCGCACGGCCCGGAGCACUUUUGUCCUCGUCAAAAAGCCUCUCUCGCUCUCUCUCUUCGUUUUUCUCCCUCGUCGCCCAGCAAAGCCCAACACCUGUCUCAUCGAUGGAGCGUUUCGCUUGGCCUGAGAACCUCUCCUCAAGCCGCAAGCACGCGAUCCAGGAUCUCCUCCAUGACCAGAAUCCCACGAAGAAGCUCAGAGAUCUUUUCGACGCUCACUCUCAAACUGGCAAUAACACAGGGCAGCCCCUGUUCGCUGAAGAUCUGUUCUUCAACGUCCUCAGGUCGUUCGGCAACUCCAUAUCUGAAUCGAUGAGCGCCGAGUCCGACGAGGUCUUGCAGCUCCCGACCAACGCCUGUGUCAGGUCCGAGAUCUCGGAGGGAAGUGAAAGCAUCAAGCCUCCGAUCCCAAGUGUAUUUACAUCAAUGGAGCGUUUCGCUUGGCCUCAGAACCUUUCCACAAGCCGCAAGCGCAUGAUCGAGGAGAUCCUCCGAGCCCAGAAGUCCGUAACGACGCUCCUAGAUCUGUUCAGCGCUCAGUCCCAAGCUGGCAAUAACAUACAGCUGCCCUCGUCUGCAGAAGAUCUGCUCGAAGACCUCAAGGAGUCGUUCGCCAACAGCCUAUCCUUAUUGGGGAUGGCCGAGUCCGACGAGGUCUCGCAGGUCCCAACCAAAUCCUGUGUCAGGUUGGAGGACUCUGAUGAGGAGAGCACUAGUACCCCGGUCCCGAGGCAAUUAAGAGGGACUUCGAAUACAUGGACAAGAUUGGAUGACCAUGAAUUUGUCUACGACGGGUACUCAUGGAGGAAAUAUGCUCAAGAAGCGAUUCUCAAGUCGGAGUUCCCAAGCUGUGUUUGUAGGAACUACUACGGAUGCUCUCACAAAUUCGACCAGGGGUGUCAAGCGACCAAGCAGGUCCAAAAGAUAAAGGAUGACCCACCCAUCUACAGAACUAUAUGCCAAGGCCACCACACUUGCAAGUAGGGGUAAACAUGGUAUUAGGGUAGAACUUGAAACUU